AUGAUAGGCUUCCGAUCCCGCCUGUCCACGCAGGACGUCAUGUUGCAACUGAAGAACCAGAUCCUUGACGACAAGACAAGAAACUCCAGAGCCAUCCUAGAACUAGACCUGGAGAAACCAUUCGACAACGUCGCUCACGAUUCGAUCCUAAAACAAGUGUCUACUCUGAACCUGGGGGAAAGGGCCUACAACUACGUGAUGGACUUUCUAAACGAUCGAAAAGCCACCGUGACCGUUGGCGACCCCGAGUCCGAAGAACGAACCCAGGGAAGUGCAGGUACCCCCCAGGGCUCAGUAAUAUCUCCGCUCCUUUUCAACUUAGUCAUGCUGGGUCUCCCCAGCAAACUACGGGAAAGCGAAGCAAUACACCUCGCUAUGUACGCAGACGAUAUAACGAUUUGGGUGGAUCAUGGCAGUGAUGGCCAAAUUGAGAACGCACUACAAACGGCCAUUCACAAAGUCGAAGAGUACCUCCAAGGAACGGGCCUCAAAUGCUCCCUGAGCAAGUCCGAACUACUCUUUUACCGGCCCACGCGCAGAGGCAUGCCACCAAAGAGCUACAUGGGACCCAGGGAGUACGAGGAAAUCGACCUGUACACCCAAGACGGAAACGCAAUCCCCAAAGUAAACAAGAUAACAGUCCUCGGAAUGAUCAUUCAGGCCAAUGGAGCUAACGGCGAAACCGUGAGGAAGAUCGAAGGCAAAGUCACCAGCGCAACGAGACUUAUAAAGAGAAUAACAAAUAGACACGCCGGCAUGAAUGAAGAAAACGUCAUUCGACUGAUCCACUCCUUCGUUGUCAGCCACAUCACCUACGUAGCCGCCUACCACAACCGCUCCGACCUCGUAAUCCAGACGUGGGCAGUCCAGCAAGCCCGUGAGGCGGCGUUGAGUCAGGGCCUUGUUCCCCCGUGGGAGACCUGA